AUUUUCUUCCCUUUUGCAAGACAAGAACACUGGAUACCUUGGAAUUAAAAGAACUGUCAAGGUGAUGGACACUCACAGCAGCUGGAUUUGGUACAACCAGACCCUUCCUUAUGGAUUGCGGGCACACUUCUACCAAUAAAUUGUCUGCUUGGAUUGAUUAAUGACUUCUGAACUGCUGUGAGAAUCUGAUGAAUGAUCUUUGGUUGAAGAACUGUCACCAAAACCUGAAUGCAAAUUACAAACUGCAAAAUUUUCCAGUUCAAGAAAAAAGGGAAAGAAACAGAUGUAAAUGACCUCUUCUUGAACAAAAUGUUCUUUCCAGUGCCUUGGGUGGACUCUAGGAAGCUAGUGCUGCUGGGCAGCCUCCUGUUGCUGAUGUCCUCACAAACAUUGGUUAAAAGGGCUAUGUCCCACAUCCUGAUGGAUAUGGCGCUGAAUUCUUUUGAUGACCAGUAUCUGGGAUGCAGAGAGGAGAUGAUGGAAGAACUGGAGCAAGGAGACUAUUUUCAAAAGGAAAUAGCUGCUAACAAGGACUAUUUGAGUCUCUGGAAGAAGGCUCAGGAGGCUUUGUUAAAGAGCCCUGUAGGUCUGCUGAGGGAGAUGCAUGACAGCCAUGCCAUAGUCCUCAUGGCUUACACCAUGAACUCUUCCCUGCACUCUCAGCUGAACUGGGCUACAUCUACAGCAGGAAUCUCUCCAGAGCACUACAGGCACAACUUCAGUUUCAAAUAUUUUCACUUUUAUCUAACAACUGCCAUCCAGAUAAUGAAGGAAUGGCAGAGCAGCAAGGAAAACAUGGGGAAACGUAAGUGCUACCAGGUACACAGGGGUGUAAAAGACUUAUAUAUUGAGGCCACGGUAGGCAGCAGGGUGCGAUUCGGCCGUUUCACUUCCACCUCCCGCCUCAGGAGUGAAGCCCAGAAGUUUGGGAAUGAAACUUUGUUCACAGUGACCACUUGCCUGGGAGCAGCUAUGCAAGGCUUUUCUUACUACACAUCUGAGAAGGAAGUCCUCAUUCCCCCUUACGAGAUAUUUCUUGUCAAAAGCUUUGUUCAGACACAGGACGGUAACCGGCUGCAUCUGCAUUCGGUGGGGAACUACAGCAAGUACCACUGCCAGCUGGUGGAAGCUUCAAGAAGUAAGAACAGUGGUCCCACUCCCAUUGCCUCUGCCAUUCUUCAUAGUGUGGUUGCAGUUUCCAUGUGCUUGGUCCACAAUCUUUGAUUCUCUGGCUGCAUCCAGGGUAGCAUACCCCUGAAUAGCAGACAAGAAGA